UGCAGGUAAGAAGAGGCGAAAGAAUCUGAAGGAUAACGCUAUGAGACAAAGUUAACUGCAACCUUUACAGUUCAAGUAGUUUUUAUGCACAACAGUCCAAGCUCUGGGAAGAAACCCUAGUUUACUAGGUCAUUGAUGUGGCCUUUAUAUAUCAUCUUAAACAAACUUCUAAAAACAGAAGAAGAAAAUGCCAGAGGAUCCAAUGGUGGUGGUUCUAGCUUUUCUGUAGGCUAUCCAUUUGUGCAUUCAUUAAAUGGUGGAAAGAUCUACCAUGCCGGUUUGCCCCGUUCUCACUUUGUGGAAGUCCCACACAUUAGCCAGCUAUAUAGUUGGGACUGCGGUCUUGCUUGUGUUUUGAUGGUUUUGAGGACUCUCGGCAUUGAGCAGUGUGACCUUUGUAGCUUAGCGGAACUUUGCCGCACAACAAGCAUUUGGACUGUUGAUCUGGCAUAUUUAUUGCAGAAGUUUUCUGUUAGUUUUUCCUUCUUCACCAUAACAUUAGGAGCAAAUCCAAGUUUUUGUAUUGAGUCCUUUUACAAGGAACAAUUGCCAAAUGACCUAGUACGUGUGGAUAGACUAUUUCAAAAAGCUCUAGAAUCUGGAAUUAACAUACAGUGCAGGUCAAUCAGUUGUAAAGAAAUUUCCAUCUUGAUAUUGUCAGGGAAAUAUAUUGCAAUCGUGUUGGUUGACCAGUACAAGUUGAGGUGUCGGUCUUGGCUGGAGGAUGUUUGUGUUUCAGCCUUCUAUGCAGGAAAUUCUGGCUACAGCGGUCACUAUAUUGUGGUAUGUGGCUAUGAUGCAGAGAGAGAUGAAUUUGAAAUAAGGGAUCCAGCCAGCUCCAGGAAAUGUGACAAGGUUUCCACGGGAUGCCUAGAAGAAGCCCGCAAAUCAUUUGGUACCGAUGAGGAUCUUCUCUUGAUCUCAUUGGACAAAGACAAGCUCUUGCUGUAACCCUCCGUGUGUUCCAAUAUUUAUUCAAGAUGCAUGUCUCUCCAAUCAGAUUGAUUGUAUCAUUUGUUGAUUCUAUGACUUUGUGCAUCAUUUGUAUGUUAAAAUAAAAACAAAGUAGCAUUCGUUUCUCAAUAGUCAAGGUUUCAGCCAAAUUUCUCUCUGGUGAAUUGGGAGAGUAUCUUGUGCUUAUUUCAAUUUGAUGUUUUGCAAAUGGUAAGCCUGUUAUUCCACUCUGGUAUCAGAUACACUACUAUGUAAUCUCA